GGUUGGGUAGUAUGAUGUGUGUAGUAUCUCAGGCACACAUACAUUUAUACAUUUUACUUAAGUUGCACAUUCCUUCCCUGCACUUAUUAAUCAACAAUGACAGGCAGCGGUGGCCUGCCUUCCAUUUUUUAGCAGCUCGCAACAUAUAGCCUACUAAGAUUAACAAGUAAUGCUUUGUAGACUGGGUAACAAGGCAGAAGAAAAGAAGGAGAAAUUCAUUCUCAUCUCUCACUUCCAAGUUUUCCACUAAUUACACAUCAUUUGGUACAACCUCCCUACGAUUGUUUUCUCUACUUUCUGCUCUGUGUCAAGAUCAUUUUAGCACAGAUUAUGGGUUGAACCAGUUAGUCGACUAGUCGACUUUACUACUCCAUAUCAACAUUUAUAGCUUGAAGUUGAUUACAUGCUUUUGUCAUGUUGUCUUCCAAUCGGUUAAUUUACAGAGGACUUUCGAGUCAUCUAUCUGCUGCCGUCACCGGACUAUAACGCUCUGUGAAGUGACGAAAUGUUCGGCCAACAAGGCGACCAAGUCCUCAUACGUCUGCACACGUCUGAGAGUGUUAUCCUCAGUAGCUUCGGCUAAUGUUCCCUCUUAAAAUACAAUAUUCAUACAAGCAGUAGCUCGGGACUGGUGGCGAAGAACAAGGACUCGGAGUGAAGCUCCAUCUUCAUUGCCAAACUGCUAUGUCCUAUAAUACGCGGGCAACAACUAUGUGAUAACAAGAACUUUAUUCACAUUACAACACACAUCAAAAUCACGACACUCUGCUUUGCAACACUUUAUUGUAACACUUGUGUCAGUAUGGCAUACGGCAAUACUAUAAUACCAGUGUGUGGAAAUAUUUUACCAUAAAUGAAACCGAUAGCGUGGUCACUUGCAAAAUAGUGACCAGAAAAGCACUAGUGAAAUAGAAAGUGUGAAAUCGAGAAUUGCUUCAUAUUUUGGUACCUAGCUACGAUCUACUAUUCACUAUUCACAUUACGUUAUGCUUUGGAACACAAGAUGAAAUAGGAGGGCUCUCACUAACUACAACUACUUUCUGCAUAAUGGUCCCAUGAGCUUCAUCAGUCCGUACAUAAAACACUAUGAGGGCCUAUCAUACGACAGGGAGGAUCUCCACAGGAACCACUUGCGAGCCCGCAGAGCUGCAGAAUCUCAGCGACACAUACUGGAUCUGGACUUCACUGCUUUUCACAGAACUUUCCGACUGCGUCUGAGACGAGAUGCUGGGACAUUCUCCGGCGACUUUAAGGUGGUCAGCGAGGAUGGAGCCACAGCGGCUGACCUCUCCCACUUAUAUUCAGGGACACUGGAGGGUGAACACGACUCAGCGUGUCAUGGAUCUGUGUUAAAGGGUCAAUUUGAAGGAAGCAUACACACAAACAACGUUACUUAUCACGUCGAAGCGGCUCACAGAUACAACGUCACUGACCACCACUCCAUCAUCUAUCGUGAGGAUGACAUGGUCUUACCCACAAGAGGGACAAGACCGGAUUCUGGAUCUUGUGGUUCAGAUCAUCUAAACGCGCUUGCCCAAAGCCUAAAAACUGAUGAUCAGGAGGCGGUAACGAGUCGUGCGAGGAGAACGACGGACGAGGCCAAAACUAGCUGCUUGCUGCACCUCACCACUGACCACCGCUACUUCAGCAAGUUUAAGUCUGUAGAGGUUGUUGUGGCUCAGGUGGCCUCCUACAUGCGAGCUGUCAAUGACAUAUACGACAAGGUGGAGUUCGAUGGAAUAAAGCUGAUCAACUUUAAAGUCAAAUCGCUCACUGUAAUGACUGUGGAGAACAAAACAGAUCCUCUGAAUCCUCUCUACAUCGGCCCAGAGAAGCUGCUGAGUCUUUACUCGGAAAAUAACUGGGGCAACUUUUGCCUGUCGUACCUGCUCACCAACCGAGACUACAGCGGAGUGCUGGGACUCGCCUGGGAGGGAAAAGCUGGUAACUGGGGAGGAGUCUGUUCGCAGUACACCACCCUUCGUAAUGGCCGCCCUUCCACCCUCAACACGGGGCUGGUCACAAUUCAGAACUACGGACAGUUCCUACCUCCUCGGCACGUCCAGUUGACCUUUGCUCACGAACUCGGACACAGUCUCGGAUCGCCGCAUGAUGAAGGCACUAAUUGUGGCAACCUGGGCUCCUCCGGUGGAAAGGGCAAGUACCUGAUGUUUCCCCAAGCCACAGACGAGGUGCAUGAAAACAACGACAAACUGUCCACCUGCAGUGUCGGACAUAUCAGCGAGCUGUUGCGCCUCAAGAAGGACGACUGCUUUGUGGUCAGUGAUCAGCCCAUAUGCGGCAACCAGAUUGUGGAGGAAGGCGAGGACUGUGAUGUGGGUCAUAAUGACACAGACCUCUGCUGCUACAGUGCUAAAGAGCCUGUAGGGGUGCAGUGUUACCUCAAGCCUGGCAAAAUAUGCAGUCCCAGCCAGGGUCUUUGCUGCAGUCAGGACUGCAGCUUAAAGUCAGGGGGUCAAACCUGUGAUGAAGAGACGGAUUGUCAGAAGGAGAGCAUUUGUUCAGGUCUCUCACCUCUGUGCCCUGAUCCGAGCCCCAAGGCAAACCUCACCAUCUGCAGUCAAGGGACUCGUGUCUGCCUGAACGGGGUCUGUGCCGAGUCUGUAUGUGUGAAACAUAACCUGGAACAGUGCGACUGUCCAGGUGAUUCCAAGAAGCAGAAAUGCCACGUGUGCUGCCAGCAGCCCGGCAAACCUGGGACAUGUGCCAGCACCACCUCCUCUGUGUUAUCCCGUCACUUCCAGAGAAAGGCUUUGCCGCUGGUGGGCGGGGCUCCGUGCAUGGACAACCAAGGCUACUGCGACAAAUUCCACAUUUGCCGAUUGCUCGAUGCAGACGGCCCCAUUGCAAGGCUGAAGAACUCCUUCCUCCAACUUGAUGAAUUUGAAGACCUAGGAGAGUGGAUGAAGGCUCACUGGUGGGCCAUUUUGUUGGCUAUCCUGACACUGUCUGCGGUAAUGGGCUGCACCGUCUGCCUCUGUGGCCAAACUCUGGAUACCAGAAACGUGGAGUGACUCUCCUUGAAGAUGUAUCAAACAAAUUUAAUUUAUUGAACAUUUCAUGUCCCUUUUCCAGUCACUUCCUUGGAGAUGCUGCUUUUGCUACAUUUUUCAGAUACUGAAAUACAGAUGAAAUGUAUUAAAAUGGCCUGUGACAAAUUUA